AUGUUGCACUUAGCUUCCAUCGGUUUAAUUGUCAUCCACGCCCUCUCUGCGGUUGCAUCCCCAAAUUCACAAACUCUUGGUGUUGAGUUCGGUUCAACUCCAAAGUCUCUUCCAAUCUUGACUCUUCCAUACGGGAGAUGGCGGGCAGCAAGCUACGACAGUGUCAAUGAUAUUUACACGUUCAAGAACAUCAGAUUUGCUGCUCCUCCUACUGGAAAUCUGCGAUGGGCCAAACCGGCGCCCCCAGCUCUCAAUCGUACCAUCCAGGAUGGGAGCUACGGCAAUGCAUGCCCACAAGGAACUCCACCUGGAGCGCCUGGAGAUUUCACAGGAGGUGCAGAGGAUUGUUUGUUUCUCGAUCUAUAUGUUCCACGGCAUGCGUUGAAUAACCCGAGCCUAAAAUUGCCUGUCACCGUUUGGACAUACGGGGGAGCAUACAUCUUUGGGUCGAAAGACGGCCCAUUUACCGGCAAUGGACCAAUUGCAAUUUCUGGAGGGAAGAUGAUCUUUAUGACAUACAAUUAUCGCGUUGGCUCUUUUGGUUUCCUUGCUGGCACAACGAUGGAGAAGCAAGGUUUGCCUAAUGCUGGCUUCUACGAUCAGAGAGCAGCCUAUCAAUGGGUACAAAACUACAUUUCCCUGGUUGGUGGGGACCCUGCUCAGGUCACUGCAUGGGGAGAAUCUGCUGGAGCUGGAUCGAUCUUGCACCAUAUCACGGCUUUUGGCGGCAAGCAAGACCCUCUGUUCCGUAAAGUUGUUAUGCAAUCCAUUGCUUCCGAAAUACUCGUCGAUCGUCGAGGGGAGGUCGAGAGCUUCUACCAAGAAUUUCUCAACGCUUCCGGCUGCGCUGGCCAGACUAUUGCAUGUCUCCGUUCUGCACCCCUCGCCACUCUGGUCGCCGCCAAUCAGAAAGUUACUUCGAAUGUUGGUCCUUCUGCUUUCAAACCUGGACCUGCUGCUGAUGGUGCUUGGGUUCGACAAAUGCCAGCACUUGAACUUGCCUCUGGGAACUACUUUGCUGGGAUAACAAGCCUUAUACUGUCCCAUGUUUCCAAUGAAGGCUUCGUUUUUGUUGAUGGAGAAAUCCAGACGGAUCCUGCUUUCGCUAAUCUCGUCAACUUCAUCAUUCCUCCAUACGCACCUACUUUGAGAACAGCCGUCGUCAACUUUUAUCCAUCGCCCAACACGCCAGGCAGCCCUUACCCCACUCAAAACGAUCGCACAAUUCAGUAUCUCGACGAUACCAACUUUCUCUGCAACUUGCGGUACCUGAACAAUGUCUUCCAGGGUAAGACUUGGACAAUACAGUACGGCAUUCCUCCUGGUUUUCACAGCGAUGACUUGACACCCACCUUCUACAAUGGCUCAGGCGCAGCAACAUCAACGCUGGAUGCCAUCUACAAAGACUACCAGAGCUAUCUCGUCUCUUUGAGCACUACAAGGAACCCUAACACUCACCGUAAUACUGCUAACAACCCGGCAACCAUCAACUGGCCUCAUACGACCGGACAGCAGCAGGAGCAGCUGAGCAAUGUUUUGAAUGUGGGCGGUACUGAGUUCACUUUGAUCACGAAUCCGGAGCCGCUCAAGAGCCAUUGCGACUUUUUCUUGAACGUUCAGGCCGCGGUUACUCUAGCUGGAGGAUAUGUCCCACCUGGCGGUGCAGUUGCGAAUAACCUCGGGAUCACCAACCCGCAUCCAAGCGCAAACUACACAACACACCGGUAG